AUGUCUAAGCCGUUUCUGGGCCGCACGUUCUGCUGUACAGGUCUCCACGGCCAUGAGCGCCACGAUAUGGCAGAAAAGAUCUUGGCCUUGGGCGGAACUCACUAUACUGAUCUUAUGAGUCUGGUGAAGUAUCUUAUUGUGGGGAACAGAAACACCGAGAAGUAUAAGUAUCUGAUCAAGUAUCGACACGAUGUGGUGUUUUUGCCGCUUACGGCGGUGACACGGAUCCACGAGAAGUGGAUGGCUGGCGACGAUACGGGGCUAGCGCCGGAAGAGUACCUGAUGCCUGUUUUCCAGAAGUUCAAUAUCUGUGUGGCAAGAAUCGAUAGACCUGACCCUACGGUGGUGCUGAAACUUUUUGCAGAGCGAUUUAGGACACCUUCGGCUGGCGCAAUGCCGCCAGAUUCGUUAACAGACGCGUUUCUGAUGGAGGAGGUAUCGCUGUGUACUGAAAAGAAGGGUGCUCAGGUUUCAACUACACUUACACCCAACUGUGAUGUUGUAAUCAGCACGGAGCCUUCCGGGAAGAGAUACACUAUGGCACGGCAGUGGGGCAUACCCGUGGUGCAUCCGCUUUGGGUGUACGACUCGUGUCUUCGAGGAGCUGCUUUAGACUUGGACGAUUACGUUCUCACGUCUGAUGGGAACAACCUUUAUAACAGCGCGUCGUUCGUGUGGAAGAAGCUUUAUUCAGCAAGAACGGAGCAGAAAGCUCCUGAGAAGCCGGAGAAGAUUGUGGAUGCUGAAAGAGCGCCGUUGAAGAAAUCGUCUGAGGUGUGGAGCUCCAUCAUGAGCCAUUCACGUUCUCGCUCGGCCCGUGUCAUCAAGGAAAGUCUAUGGGAGGAACCGUCAGAGGAUAAUAACGAUGAUAGUCUGGCUAAAACAGGCGCAACAGCGCCUACUUCAGCUGCUUCGCCUUCUGUGAAGAAGAGCUCGCUUUUCGUUGGGUUUAAUUUCCUUCCAGUCGGCUUUUCGAUCCCACAGCAAAAGGUGCUUCGAAAUGUGGUGGAAUCACAUAGCGGUGAGGUUGCCGAAUCAUCAAGUGACGAAACUGUGUCUCACGUUUUGCUUUUAGUGAAGAGUGGCCCUCAGGCGAGCUUGAUGCUUCUGAUGCUUCCAAGUACUAUGAAACGUCGCAUCAAUACUAAAGAAGUUCAUGUCGUUACAGACUGGUUCAUUGAAAGAUCAAUUUUUUACAAGGAAAUCCGCCACGACAGUUGGUGCAAACCUUUACAGGGACUCGUACCGCUGCCAAAGAAAUUCAAAGUUUGCAUAACAGGCUUCACGGGCGUGGAGCUCUUACAUAUUGAGAAACUCAUUGAGUAUCUCAAUCUCGAGUUUUGCGAGACCCUUGCGUCCAAGCGAGACUUGCUCAUUGUCAACAUUAAUUUAUUCAAAGAUAGCCUUCAAGAGAAGAGCCCGUCACUUUUCAAGUACAGAUAUAAAGAUGUGCUUGAUUGUCCUAUUUACACCAGUGGAGACCGGCUGUCGUCGGUUUCGGUGAUGUCUUCACACAAUAAGAUGAACGCUGCCAAGAAGUGGAACAUCCCCAUUGUUUCGGUCGCUUAUUUAUGGGAGAUGAUACAGAGACUGGCAGGGAAAGCCAAUUUACAAAUGCCGGAUAUAUUCGAUCUCUCCUGGUGUAUCUAUGCUCCUCGCAGCAUGACAAAGCCAACUACGCUUCUUGACUAUGUUAGAGGCAUGAAUGAUAACUUUCUGACCCAGAAGCGCUCUGCCGAAGAGAUGGAAGAGGAAGGUGAGUCUGUUCAGCUUCCAUCUCCACGGAAAGCGAGAGAGAAGCAGAAGUAUGGUCGUUUGGCAGGCAGCCGAGAAUCGUUAACCGAAAAGCUCAAGAAAGCCCAGGAAGUGUCACAAGAGAAUGGAAAUGACGUUCCAUCAGACGAUCGUCCUCCUGAGAGUGACGAUAUCAUGACACAAGUUGGUUAUGUCAAUCAAGACUCAGUACAGAAUAAUGAAGAGCUCAUGAGGAAGCUCGGUGAAGACGUAGACCGUCCGGCAAAGAGGACAAGACGGGCCAGGCAAUAA